AUGUCUUUAGUCAAUCUACCAGCGUCUGAUGUUACUUUGAAGGAAAUCAGACGUUCUGUGAGUGUCCCCUCUCUAGUAAAUGAAAGGGCAGAACUCAAGAAACGUAUACGGCCAUUGACUGAAAAGGGUAUACAGUGGCAGAUGGAUAGAAAUAGACAGCAUUUGCGAAAUGCAAUAUCUAGUUGGCGCAAGCAAGCGUCCAAGCUUGAAAUAAUAGCUGAUGACUGUAGUGAUGUAGGCCUUCUAAGGACUACAUGGAAUGAAAUCUGUACAGCUUUAGAUUGUGUACAGAAAUCCUUUCAUGAUGUUGAAACAUGUGGUGGUUUAGAUGAAGAUUUUAGGGUAAAGGUAGAGACCAUAGAGGAAGAACAUUUGCACCUUCUCAGAAGGACAGGUAAUCGUAUUAGGUUGCUUGAGUUGGAUGAUCAAGGUUCGCAUAUUUCUAGACAAUCAAGUCGUAGGUCCUUUGCUAAAUCUGAAGUAGCCAGCGAAAGAUCGCACAGGUCAAGAAUUGAAACUCUUCAGGCUCAGAUUAAACAUUCUGAGUUGGAAGAACAGAAAAGACAUGAGCUUCUGAAAAUCCAAUCAGAAUUGAAACGCUUACAGUUGAAUAAAGAGCUAGAAAUAGUCCAAGCAGAGUUAUUAGAUGAUGUUGUAUAUGUUGAUAAGGAUCAAAUGCCUAUGAAGUCUGAAUCUCGUAGUGACCAUGCAGUCCAUCCCAAGGCUCUCCUCAGCUGUGACACUUAUGAAUCCCUUGUUCAAAAUCUGCUAAUAAGCAGACUUCCAAUUCCAGAACCUGCAAUUUUCGAUGGUAGCUCAUUGCAGUAUCCAAGCUGGAAAGCAGCAUUCACAGCUCUUAUCUCUCACCACAAAAUACCCAACAUAGAAAGGUUGUACUACUUAAAGAAGUAUGUCAGAGGAGAGGCAAAAGAGUGCAUAGAGGGUUGUUUUCUUAUCAGCACAGAAAAUUCAUUUGACGAGGCCAUGUCCAUCCUGGAAGAAAGGUUUGGCAGUCCAUUUGCCAUUGUCUCAGCCUUCAGAGAUAAACUUAGUAAGUGGCCAAAGGUAUCUGGGUCAGAUGGUACUGGACUGUUGAAAUUGUCUGAUUUCCUUAAUCAGAUAAAAGCAGCCAUGUCUUGUUAUCCUGGGCUGAAUAUCCUUAAUGAUGAAAGAGAAAACCAAAACAUUCUGCAUAAGUUACCUGACUGGCUUAUAGCUAGGUGGGGUAGAAUGGUCGUUGAACGGAAAGCAAAGGGUUCUUUCCCAACAUUUAAUGAAUUUGCAGAAUUCUUGAGCAAGGAAGCAAAGAUUGCUAGUGACCCUGUUGUGUCUGUUCAGUCUUUAAAACAAAGGGGUAAAGAAGGACCCAAGGGUGAUAAAAGGUUGAGCUCAUUCUUCCUUAAUGAUAAUGAAAGGCAUCAAUCCAAGGAUUGCUUAGCCAAAAAGACUUGUCAAACCUGUAACAAAUUACACCCUACUAGCCUCCAUAAGACCCCACGUCAGACAAGUAGUACAGGCCCUCAUACAAGUUCUCUGUCUUUCAUGAGUGAGACCGUAGACCGAGACAAGACUUCCAUGAUUGUACCAGUGUGGUUAUCUCAUACCAGUGAACCUGAGAAGGAAUGCUUGGUAUAUGCUCUUCUUGAUACCCAAUCAGACACCACCUUUGUCUCUGACAGUGUGGUUAAGGACUUAGAUAUGACAGGGACUCCUACAAAUUUGCGUCUGUCGACCAUGACUACCAGCGCGACAAUUAAGACAAAUAGAAUGACUGGUUUACAGAUUAGAGGUUAUAGAAAUGAUGAAAAAAUUAUGUUGCCUGUUACAUAUACAAGGAAGUCAAUUCCGGCAAAUAGAGAUCACAUCCCUACAUACGACACAGCUAGAAAGUGGCCGUACUUGAGUGGCAUGGCAGAUAGUUUGCCACCACUAUUAGAUGUAGAUAUAGGACUUUUAGUAGGAUAUAAUUGUCCUAAAGCUCUGUUGCCCACUGAGGUGAUAGCACCUCAAGGCAAUGGCCCAUUUGCACAGAAAACGGUGUUGGGUUGGGGAAUAGUAGGCAUAGUUGAACCCCUUGUUGAAGAGUCCUUAGACCCCAUAGGAGUUAGCCAUAGGGUGUUAACCUAUAGGUCGUCUGUAGAUAAGGUCUCAUUUGCUGUACGCAACAGUGUCAAAGAAGUAGUGACUGACACUGCAGGGGAUUUGGAAGCCAUUGCCCCAUCUCGUUUAGACCGUCAAUUUCUAGAUAUUAUGGAAAAGGGAUGUAAAAAAAGUGACAAUGGAGUGCACUAUGAGAUGCCACUCCCAUUUAGAAAUGGUAAACCCCGUCUCCCAAGCAAUAGGGAUCAGGCAUUGUCUAGACUUAUGACUCUGAAGAAAAGAUUUGUGCGUGACCCUGAUUUCAAGAAAGAUUAUUACACUUUCAUGAAUGACAUUCUCUCUAACGAGUAUGCAGAGAGGGUGCCUAUAGAGGACUUAGACAAAGGGGGGUCAUGGUAUAUUCCUCACCAUGGGGUAUAUCACCCAAAUAAGCCCAAAAAGAUACGGGUUGUGUUCGAUUGUGCUGCUAGGCAUCAAAAUAGGUGUCUAAAUGAUGAGCUACUUACUGGCCCGGACAUGAUGAACUCAUUGUUUUAG